UCUGGAUCGGAGAGCUUCGAAGCCUGGGAAUUUUCCUUACCCCCUUCGUUCUUCUCUGAUCUCGAAUUCUCUACCAAAUCUUUUUCAUCUCCCGAUUCUGAUUCUCUUUUCUUAUCACUCUGGAUAACAAAAGCCCCCAAAACGUAUCUUCUGUAAAAACCCAGUUUGCGCGGAUCUCUCGUAACCGAUCUAGGGUUUCGCGAGUUGGCUUCUGAGUUUGUCUUGUGAUCGUGAGAUGUCUCGGUGCUAUCCGUUUCCACCACCUGGUUAUGUACGGAAAGAAAUCAGCAGGGAUAAGUGUCUGAUCGAAUCGAUCAAGGGGGCAAAGGGGGAAGUUAAGAAAGAUAGAAAACACAAGAGGAAGGGUACAAAGAGAAAGGAGAGUGAAAAUGAGGCGGGUCAAAGCAGAAAGCACAGCCAUAAGAGAAGGCGCAAAGAAGAAGGUGUGAAUGCUAGUGGCAAGUUAAUUAAUAGUGAGGUCGAGUUGUUAGAGAAGAGCUGCCAGACAGUGGAACCUGAGCUUCAAACAUCGUCUCAGAAUUCUUGUGAUAGCACUCUUCGUAGCAAUGAGAGACCAAAGAAAAUUCAGAGUCAGCCCCUUUAUGAAACCGGCAUACAGACCCGGUUACCUGAAAAAGGGCAGAAAGAUCCUGAGGAUGAGGUGAUGAUGACCAACAAGGUUCAAAAACAGCGCUUUUCCCGGGAAAGGUUAGAUGCUACUCAGGCCGCUGCUCCAAAUGAGUCUGUUAGUCAUGAUGCUUUAAGGGUCUGUCAAGAGAAUAGAAGAGAUCCAAAUUUUGGUUCGUCAAGAGACAUCACAAUAAAACUCAGCAAAGAGAAGAAAUCAGUUCCUUCGAAAGAUAAGAGAAAAGUUAGUAAAAAAGAUACGAUGCGAUCAUCAUCUUCAUGGACUCAUCCAGAACUAGAGAAACCGUCCUCUAGUCAUCAGGAAACCAAUGGACCUUCUAAGCUAUCAUGCAGGAAAUGCCCUCCUUCCAUGGCCGGACAGUUGUUGAAUCUCAUCGAGAACUGGGCUCCUGAUCGGGUUGAGAGCAAGCUGACUGAGUGUGAAGAUCAAGAAUGGUGGUUGUUCAUCAAGUUUGGAGCCAAAAGGCAACAAGUUAGCAAUCAGAAAACCAACGAGGGAAGUUGUUCGGUGGUGUGGCCAACUGCUCGAUUCCUUCCUGAAGCCGAACUACACGCAUUGCCAUUCACUGUCCCGUUUUGAUUUCAACAAAGCUUGUUCCAGAGAGUGGUUAACAUGACCAACAAAUAGUUUUUCCUAUGUAUUUUAGAUAGCCUUGAGACUUAAUACUCAGAACUAUGAAUGUGAUUCUUUGUAGAUAUGCUGGUUAUAUAGUAAAUCAAUACGCUAUUACGUGAAUAAUAUAUACAGUAUUACGUGAAUAA